UAAGAGCAUGAUGGAUCAUAUGUUUGAUUUUUUAACCUCUUUUUUAUUAUACUAUACAUAGUUAGUUAUAUUGUUUUUUUUCAGUUAUGAUAAAGUUGAUAGUUGAUACGAUAAUGAUUCACUUGCUAAUUUCAUUAUUUGCUGAUUUAAGGUAUAUUGUCUGGCCAAUCAUCAUUCACAAUACGUCUUCCAAGAAUUGAUAUGCUGCGCAUAGCUAUAAAAAUUUAAUUUUGGCCAAGAAUGUUUGGCCUAAUUAAUAUAUCAUCCCGGGUAUUUAAAAUUAAAAAUUCAAAAAUCUCCAAAAUCUCAAUAAUUUCCUCUUAUAUUAUCAAGAAAUCAAAAUUAAGUUCUUAUCAUGUUGCAACAUAUUCAACCACGUCAACUUCUACAUCAUCACCUUUUAAACAACAAAAAGAACCCUUAGAUGAAGAUCAAGAUCAAUUAACGGAUCAAAAAGAUCAAAAACCAAUUUUAGCACUUCCUGAACAUUCCGAAGAAUCCGUAAAAGAAUCUGAGAAUGACGAUGUAAAAAAACGUGGCUUAGACAAUAGUUACAAAUUAAGAAAUCUGGGACCUGUAGUAGUUAAUGAAGAUGGAAGAAUUAAUAUAAUUAACAAUUGGCAUGAAAUGACGGAUCUUGAAAGGGAGAAAGUAAAAAAAAUGAUUUUAACAAGGAAUCGGAAAAGAUUGGAAGCUUUUAAAAAGAAAGAACAAGAAUAAUGAAAAAAUCACAUCAAGUUGCAGAUAGAACAAUUAAAGUUAAUGGGGAGUAAUUAAUUACAUAUCCUACAUAUCC